AUGCCACUACCGCCUACGUUUAUGAAAGAUUUUCAUUAUGAAGAUCAAGUGAAAAAAAUGGAAUAUCGACAGCUUGGCAACACUCAUAUGAUAGUGUCACGUGUGUCCAUUGGAGGUGCAACAAUUUGCAGUAAUUUUUAUGGCAAAUUAGACUUUGAAGAAGCAAGGCGAACUGUUCAUGAAGCUUUUAAGCGAGGAAUAAAUUAUAUUGACACAGCACCUUAUUACGGGGAUUCAGAAAUAAAUGUUGGAAAAAUUCUUAAAGAUAUUCCUCGUCAAGUCUUUUACAUCGCUACAAAAACUUGUAGGUAUUCAACCACUGGUGCUAAACAGUUCGAUUUUAGUUAUGAACGAACGAUGAAAAGCGUUGAUGAAAGCUUAUUACGCCUCGGGGUCGAUUACAUCGACCUUUAUCAAUUACACGAUGUUGAGUUUGCGGAUAACAUUGACGAUGUAAUUAACGGAGCUUUUCGAGCGUGUCUUGAGCUGAAAGCACAGGGGAAAAUUCGAGCGAUUGGCAUUAAUGGAUAUCCCUUGAGUGUCUUGAAAGAAGGUUUAAUUAAAGGCAACGGAAAAUUUGACACCGUUCUGACCUACGCUCGAUAUACACUUCACGACAAUUCUCUUCUUGAUUAUUUUCCAUUCUUUAAUGAAAUGAAGGUUGGUGUUAUUGUAGCAUCACCUCAAUCUUGUGGAAUGCUUACAAAUCGUGCUACGCCUUCAUGGCAUCCUGCAAGUCAAGAACUCAAGGAGAUUGUCGAGGAAGCUGCGAAAUGUGUUUUCGAAAGUGGAUGAUUCUAUUAAACAUUGGGAGGGUGUUGAAGUCGGCAGGUACAGAGAGCAGCAGAAGCUUUGGAAGUGAGAUUGAUUUUCCUAGAAUAUUUCUUAUUUCUUUCCAUUUGCUGUCUUUUCGAUGUAAAAAUAUAUUAUUCAGAGGGUGGAGUAUUUCGUUUCUUUUGAUGGGUUUGAGAGUGACAACAGUAAAAAUAUCAACAAGUAGACAUGUAAAAAGUUUUCUAUCAACUGGAAAAGUUUGUGAGAGAAAUAAAUGCAAGUUUUAUGUAACAGAACCAUCAAACUCUUCCCAUAAAUAAAUAAAUUGACUUCCCAUCAAAUAUUUAACUU